CUUUUGAUUUCGCCGGCUACAUUCCGAACUCUGAAACGCCGAAAGGUUCAAGUCGAGAGCUUCUUCUUCUUCAACCUUAAACCCUGCACUGCAUAAACCCUAGAGGCACCUCCCCUCGUUUUCUUGGUGAAUCUAUGGCUAAGCUAUCCAUCCGCAGCUCGAGCAACAAUGAUAAGAAGACCAAGAAGAAGAAGAAGAAGAUUUCCGGUCCGAAAGCCUUGACGAUGAAGGUCACCGCUCCGAAGACGAAUCCAUUCGAAAGUAUUUGGUCUCGCAGGAAAUUUGACGUCCUUGGAAAGAAACGUAAGGGAGAAGAGCGUCGUAUUGGCCUUGCUCGUUCCCUCGCCAUUGAAAAGAGGAAAAAGACGCUACUGAAGGAGUACGAACAAAGUCGCAAGUCUACAGAAUUUUCCGAUAAGCGAAUUGGAGAAUGGGACGAAGAGCUUGGGGAAUUCGAUAAAGCUAUUUUACGUUCGCAACGUGAACUGAAGCGAAAAUUGAAUAAGAGCGGCAAAUAUAACUUAUCUGAUGGAGAAGAAGAUGAUUAUUUUGGAAUCCAAAAUCUUGGUUCGUUACCUGCAAACGACGAUUUUGAGGACGAAAUAAUGCCGGAUGACGAUGACGAUGAUGAUGCAGCAGCUGGUGAACCCAAGAAGGGGGCUUACCGUGAUGCAGUACAUCAACAAAAAGGUCCUUCUUUAGAAGGAGAGGAAAAUAAACGCAAAAGCAAGAAGGAAGUUAUGGAUGAGGUUAUUGCAAAGAGCAAAUUUUUCAAGGCACAAAAAGCGAAGGAUAAGGAAGAAAAUGAACAACUUGUUGAAGAAUUGGACAAGAAGUUUGAGUCGUUGGUCCAGUCUGAGGCGUUGUUAUCUCUCACUGGUUCUGGAAAUGCCUUGAAGGCUCUUGUUCAAAAGAGUAUUUCAAAUGAGCAUUUAAAGAAGGAUAAUUUGUCUGCUGCUGGAAAAACUGAAAAUUUUAAUCAGGAAAAACCUGACGCUUUUGACAGGCUUGUUAAAGAGAUGGCAAUGGAAAUACGUGCACGCCCUUCUGACAGGACAAAGACACCUGAAGAAAUUGCUCAGGAGGAGCGAGAACGUCUUGAGCUAUUAGAGGAGGAAAGACAGAAAAGGAUGCUUGCGCCAGAUAACUCUAGUGAUGAAGAAGAUGAUGAUGCUGAAAAUGCAUCUGUAGGGAAACAGAAAUAUAUCUCUGGGGAUGAUCUCGGUGAUUCAUUUACACUUGAUGAUGAGCGCAGUCAUAAGAAGGGUUGGGUCGAUGAGAUUCUUGGAAGAAAGGAUGCUGAUGGCACUGAAAGUGAAGAUGAUGAUUCAGCAGAAGAUUCUGACAAUAGUCAAGAUGAUGCAGAUGGGGAUUCUGAUGAUGAAUCCGAGGAAGAUGAUAGCACUCAUGGAUUGAAGCAUUCUUUGAAGGAUUGGGAACAGAGUGAUGAUGACAUUAUUGACACUGAUUCAGAUGAGGAUGAUGAAGCAAGUAAAGGGCGAAAUGGGCCGGAUGAGGAACAUUCUAAAGAGAAAGUGGAUCACGAAGGCCCUAAAAAGGCAUAUAAGAGCUCCAUUGCUAAAAGUAGUAAAAGCGAUGGAAUAUCUGAAGAUGCUAAGAAAUUAGAAAGGGAUAUACAACGUCAAAGUAAACCCGAACUUCCUUAUAUAAUUGAUGCACCAGAGAGCUAUGACCAAUUUUUGUCAUUAUUGGCCAAUUGUUCAAAUAGUGAUGUAAUCUUGAUCAUUGCUAGAAUUCGAGGAAGUAAUGCUAUCCAAUUAACGGACAAAAAUCUGGAAAAAAUGCAGAGAUUCUAUGGUAUACUUUUGCAAUAUUUUGCUGUCUCAGCAAAUAAGAAGCCAUUGAAUGUGGAGCUACUCAAUUUACUUUUCAAGCCAUUGAUGGAAAUGAGUAUGGAGAUUCCUUUUUAUGCUGCAACAUGUGCUAGGAUGAGGAUAUCCCGCACUCAUCAACAAUUUUGUGUUCAGAAUAAAAAUCCAGAGAAUAGCUCGUGGCCUUCUUCCAAAACUCUGAUCCUCUUGAGGCUGUGGUCAAUGAUAUUUCCUUGCUCUGAUUACAACCAUGUGGUCAUUACGCCAACCAUAUUAUUAAUGUGUGAAUAUUUGAUGCGUUGCCCCAUUGUGACGGGUCGGGAUCUUGCAACAGGGGCUUUCUUAUGUUCUCUGCUGCUCUAUGUUGCCAGACAAUCUUCGAAGUUCUGUCCUGAAGCAAUAAACUUUCUCCGGACUUUGUUGGCCGCAGCUGUUAGUAGGUCAUCAUCGUCUCAGAAUCCUCAGCAGAUAUGUCAUCUAGUGGAUUUGCAAGCACUUGGACAGUUGCUGCGUAUACAGAAUCCUACAAACGAGAUUACCCCCCUGAACUUCUUCUUCAUAAUGGACUUGACUGACGAUUCUUCGGUUUUUAGCUCCGACAAUUUCAGGGCCGGGUUGCUGUCAACAGUUACCGAAACUCUCUACGGUUUUGUUAAUAUAUAUGGUCAAUUGAAAACCUUCCCUGAAAUCUUCUUGCCAAUAUCGACAAUUUUACAUGAAUUGGCACAGCAAGAGAACAUGCCGGAUGUAUUACAGGAUAAAUUCAGGAAAGUAGCUAAAGCGAUCGAAGCCAAAACGGAGGAGCAUUACACGGGGCGGCAACCUCUUAGAAUGAGAAAACAAAAGGCUGUGCCCAUCAAAUUACUCAAUCCAAAAUUUGAGGAGAACUUUGUUAGAGGCAGAGAUUACGAUCCAGAUCGGGAACGAGCUGAAAGAAGAAAGAUGCAGAAACUUUUAAAACGUGAAACUAAAGGAGCAGUCCGAGAACUACGCAAGGAUAACCAUUUCUUGUCCGAAGUGAAGGCGAGAGAUAAGGCACUGCAGGAAGAAGAAAGAGCAGAAAAGUAUAAGAAAGCAAGAACCUUCCUUGAAGCACAAGAGCACGCGUUCAAAUCUGGACAAUUGGGAAAUGGAAGGAAGAGAAGGAAAUGAAAGAUGUGAAUCUAAGUAAGUCGUUUGAUUUGUGUUUCAUGGUCUCCAAGAGGGACAAACAAAUUUUGGUACAAUCACGAUGAAAGCGAACCGACCACAGAAAAGAAAGCCAGCCAGCCAUAAUUCGGAUUUUACUCGCGUGCCUCGAAUGAACCAGUCAAAAUUUUGGUAAGAGCUAAUGUUCAUAUUUCUUUAUUUGUUUUGUUUCUCAUCCACUUCAUCGAUUAGGUUCAUAAAUAGGAGGCUUCCGUGUUUUGGGUCGUUUUCUGUAUGUAUACUUGCUGAAUAUAAGCUUCAUCCCUCGUCGAGGGAAAUUGGGAUGAUGUGUGAAAAAAAUUAUAUUAUUUCCAUAUCAGUAUUGGAGCAGCUGGUUUUAUUUAGUACUAUAUAUAUACACAAUACUAUUUUAGUCAGUCAUUGUAUUUCAGAACCGUAUCCUGAAAAUGCCUUUACUUUAGGAUUGAAAAUAAUACAUGCUUACUUUUUCUUGCUA